UGUUAACAUACAAAAUUGAAUGGAAUUUUUCCUUUUUCCUCCUGUUACCAAGUGUGCAUUUUCCUAACGCUAUUAUUAAAAUUCAUUUGCAUACUGGGAUAGGUCUUUAUUAUUUUAUAAGGAGCUAAGCAAAUUAUUCGAUCGCACGAGUUGUCGAUCAGGAUAUGUGCGUCAGCUGCUCUGUGCAUUUACCGAAGCCCUCAGCACGCACACAUUAGAUAGGCAAGUUGUUGCAAAGUGAAAAGGCCGAAAGGCUCAGAGGACCCUGAUGCAUAUCUGAUGUGAAGAUAAAAUAUUUUCAUUAACCAAACACAAUAUGUAAAUACAUACUAAAGAUGAGACAGAUCUAGCUAUAAAUGGACCGGCAAAGUCAAAGAAGAUCACACUGACAUCCCUGGUUAGUAGUCGAGAAGGCUCUUCAUCACACUAUCAUCAGGUAACUAAUGAGCGGUACAAGUUGCGCGUUUCCAACAGGUUGGGUGAGAGUAAACAUUGAUGUUUGUUGGAUGGUUGCGUGGCUUCACUGAUCAAAUUUAAUGCAGUUUUCUUUCAGCUACUCUUCAUAUCUGCAAGCAUGGCCGAAACCAUGAAAGUUGUUGCUCUGGGUCAGCCCUUCACCUUGGGGAUGCUCUAUGAUGCCCGCAAAGAUGAACUCAUCCCAGGUUUCACUCUGUGGGAUAGAGCAUCCCUAGAUAGCCAGACAACUGAAACUACUCAAAAAAGCAGUUCCUUUAAGAUUACAGCCUCUGACACCAUUGAAUCAAGGUCUUCUCUAAUGGAUAUUGAAGCUUCUCUGAGUAUGAGUUUCUUAGGUGGGUUGGUUCAAGUUGGAGGAUCUGCCAAGUACCUGAAUGACCAAAAGAAAUUCAAGAACCAGAGCAGGGUAACUUUUCAGUACAAAGCCACCACCACCUUUAAGCAGCUGUCUCUUCCUGCUCUUGGGCCACUAAACAGCCAACAAAAACAAAUUAUUGAAGAUGGCAAGGCAACACAUUUGGUCACAGGUAUCCUUUACGGGGCAAAUGCAGUCUUUGUGUUUGACAGUGAGAAAUUGGAAGCCAGCAGCGUUCAAGAUAUCCAGGGAAGCAUGCAAGCGGUGAUCAAGAAGAUUCCUACAUUUAAAAUUGAAGGAAGCGCUAAAAUACAUCUGUCUGAGAAAGAGCAAGCGUUGACAAACAAGUUCUCUUGCACAUUCUUUGGAGACCUCAUUCUUGAAAAAAACCCUGCCACAUUUGUCCAAGCAGUAGAAACCUACUGUGAGCUUCCAACGCUGUUGGGAACAAAGGACAACAAUGCUCCUCUGCUUGUUUGGCUGUAUCCUCUGCAGGCGCUAUACAACAAAGCUGCUGUGCUGGUCAAAGACCUCAGCGUCUCACUCUCGAGGACGAUUCAAGACGCGAUGGAAGAACAAAAUCAAGUGAAAAUGAGAUGCAACGAUAGUUUGUUUAGCAGUGCCGCACAGUAUUUCCCUGUAAUUCGCAAAAACAUGAGCAGUUUCCAAAAACUUUGUUCUUUUUACCAAGCUUCACUCAAACGAGCAUUAUCGACCCAUCUUCCUUCAAUCCGCGAUGGCAAAGAAGAAGAGAGCCUGUUAGCAAAAGUCUUUAAUGAUCGAGAAAAGUCUCCAUUCCACCAAGAAAACCUUAACAAGUGGUUGGAGAAAAGAGAACGAGACAUCAAUGUCAUCCAGUCCUGUGUUGACAUGAUAAUGUAUGAAUCAAAUGCUUAUGUUGUGCGCACGAAAUCAGAAUUGGAUAAAGUGGUUCUUACUCCAGGUGUGACAAAUGUUCUUUGCUAUGUUUUCACCGACUUGGACACAAAUGACCCGUGCCUUGACGCCAUGGCUAAGUAUUUGGACACAUCGCAAGUUGGCGGAACCAAUGAAGACUAUACGUCCUUCACGAAUGAGGUGCUCAUUAAAAUGAGAGAAAAUGCCCAGACGUUCCUUAAAUAUGCUAAACCUCUGAAGCGCAGCAGCACUAUCAAGUUCCUUAUAACCGCUAUGACAAAUAAGAAAUACGAAGGAUCUUCCAUCUACCAUUACAAAGAUGGCCUUCUAGAGUCUGAGAUGUUCACGGUGCCAUCCCUGCCACCAGUAAAGACAAUCACAAACAGAAAUGAUGUCAUUUGGCAUGCCACUGAACUCACAUUGGAUGGAAAUACUGUCAACGAAAAGCUCACUUUGUCGGAGGAGAACAAGAAAGUGGCAUAUGGCCGUGAUAUGUCGUAUCCCUAUCACUCGGAAAGGUUCGUUGAUUUCCCUCAGGUUCUCUGCAAAGAGCCACUAAGAGGUCGGCAUUACUGGGAGGUGGAUUGGCGGGGUCACGUUAAUGUGGUGGCUGCAUUUGAAUCAACUCCGAGGAAAGCAGGAACCAAAACUUGGGAAAAGUUCACGGAUUUUAUUACUUCCUGGGGAUUGCAUGUAACCCAUAGAUUUAAUUUAAUUGUGGAAUCAAUUUUUGGUCCUCUCCCGUUGGUCACGCCACCUUCUCAUGGCAUGCAAAAGGUUGGAGUGUUUCUUGAUGUUCCUGGAAGCACUGUGUCCUUCUAUGGUGUCUCGGGAAACAAACUGAAACACUGCUAUACUUUUCCGGUGAAUUUUGAUCAACCAGUCUACGCUGGUUUUGCAGUUUUAGAAAAACAAAGUUACGCUCACCUGACAUAUUAGCGCACCCAAACCAUUUUCCUCCAUUAUAUUGUCAGCUCUGCAACGUUUAUUCAUCCAUUAGUUUUGAACAGCUUUUUAAGCAGUGGUUUCCACGAUUAAGGUCUAUCACAGCAUGCUUUAUCAAAGAAUGACUGACAUUUUUGAAUUGUCAAGAUAGUAAAUGCUAAUUUGGUACUCUUAACCUCUCAGCCACUAAAGACAGGCAUACACAAAUUCGAGUAUUUGAAUGUUAACUUUCUGCAGCAGGAGGUGUGUGGGGUUGUGUUUAGAUUUGUUGAACCUUACAGAAAUGUUCUCUCUUUUAUCUUGCUUAUUAGCUUUGAGCAUGUGUUCUAUUUAAUCACCCGCUGA